CCGUUGAGUACUGAGUUCUCUCUCUAUUCCGCCAUAGCUGCCUUUUACAUUCCAUUCAAUCUCUCUCUCUCCUUCUCUCUUGUGUGAUUUUACCAUUUUGCCCUCGUUCAACACCUAUAUCCCUAUUCGCUACUUCUUUUCCUCUCAGAUCCAUUUUCAGGGUUUUAUUAUUUCUAAGCUCACAGCAAAGCCUCAAACUUGAAGCCUCACUCCAUUUUUCAAUCUUGGAAAUUUUCAUCGCAGUCUCAUUUUCACCAUUAUCGCACACUAAGAUCCCUCAAUUCAAUCCCGCAUUUCCUUUUCAGUUCAAAAAAUAUACUCACGAUUUUGGCCUCUUCUCCCGGUUCAGCCCCAAUUUUUCCGAUCCCGUUGACUCUGCUUUCUAGGGUUUAUAGGAGGGGAAAACCAGAUUAGGGUUUUCGUGGCCAUGUUGGGAACCGGGUUGCAGUUCGGGGGUCGUGGACGUGGUGAGGAUCGGUUUUACAACUCUGCCAAAGCGCGUAGAGCACAACAGAACCAACGCGCCGAACAACUCCGGCGAGCUCAGAGCGACGUCACGCCGACUCCAUCUUCUUCUGUCAAGGAAGCUGCUGUUCAAAGGGAGCCCGAUAACCGGGUCGACCGAGUCAGUAUAGGUGAACCGCAGAAGCCGAUUGCGAUGCCAGCUCUCGAACCCGUCCCGCCGUUGAGUAAUCUUGAGCGGUUCAGGCAGUCGAUCACGCCGUCCGUACCUACUCAAUACCCUUCUAAGACGACGAUGAAAGGGUGGAGUGGUGAUGUGGAAUCCCGGCCAUUUUUUGUGCUGGGUGAUCUGUGGGAGUCUUUCAAGGAGUGGAGCGCUUACGGUGCAGGAGUGCCUCUAAUAUUGAAUGACAGUGAUUGUGUGAUUCAGUACUAUGUUCCUUACUUAUCCGGUAUUCAAAUAUAUGGAGACUCUGCCAAGUUAUCCGUAAAACAAAGGCGACCAGAUGAGGACAGUGACAGUGAUUUUAGAGAUUCAAGUAGUGACGGCAGCAGUGAUUGCGAAACUGAAAGAUUAAAAUACGUGCCGGAGCAACAUAGUCAACACAGUUUGUCUAGUGAUGUUUCUAGGAGGAUAGAAAGAUUAUCUUUGAGAGACCAUCCUAGUUCGCUUCAAGAAGAUUUUUCUAGUGAUGAUGGUGAAUCUGCUGUGUCUCAGGCUAGCUUAAUAUUCGAGUAUCUUGAACGAGACCCUCCAUAUAGCCGUGUACCAUUGGCUGACAAGAUCGCAGAUCUUGCAUUUCGGCUUCCUGAGCUGAAGACGCUAAGAAGUUGUGAUCUUUUAUCUUCCAGCUGGAUUUCUGUUGCCUGGUAUCCAAUAUACAGGAUUCCAACUGGGCCAACUUUAAAGGAUCUGGAUGCUUGCUUUCUUACAUACCAUAAACUUCACACGCCUGUGGAAGGUAUAUAUAAUGAUCAUGCUCCAGUUGUAAUGCGUCCUAGUGAGACACAAGGCAUCCCUAAGAUGUCCUUGCCUGUUUUUGGUCUUGCUUCCUACAAGUUUAGAGGAUCCUUGUGGACUGCAGAUGGGGGUUCCGAGCACCAAUUAGCAAACUUUCUUUCUCAAGAAGCAGAUGACUGGUUAAGACGACAUCGUGUCAAUCACCCAGAUUUCCUGUUUUUCAGCCGUCGAUGAUAUCAAAAUGCAACUUUGAUUUUGAUACUCCUGCCAUUCUCAAAGUGAAGCCCGUGAAGCAGCCCUUGGUUCUGUUGAACGCUGGAUGGCAAGUUUUUCUACAGUUCUUUGAUUUGGUUUUUGUGUUAUUUGUUUUGUCGGAAAAGAAACGGUGAUAAAAAAAAAAAGAAAAAAAAGGAAGAAAAGAACUAGAAAAAGAACGGAAAAACAGCAUAAAGUGGUGAAGCUUUGGAAUGAGUGGCGAGCUGCCGUAAUAAGGCUCCACAAAAUGAAUGAAUAGACGAAAUAUAGAGUUUGUAGAAGGGCUAAGCUUUAAAGGUUAAAUGUGCUUAGUAUAGGCAAGUCUGAUCUGAUCUUGCCUGUUUUCUGUAUCUGUUUUUUAGCAAGGGUAUGUUAUAAAAAAACCAGGCUCUUUUUUAAUGUCCUGAUGAUGUUGAUGUUAGGAUGUAUUUUAUUUAUAAGGGGAUUUUGGCAAUAGAGGUUAUGUAAGUGUCAACUGUGAGGUUCCCCAGAUAAGUUUUAUUGCUAACUGUUAUGUUCUUUACCUUCGUUUAUCGAAGAACUAUCUGUGGUUUGAAUAUCUCUCCACUGAUGAUGAUUUUGUAACUUGCUCCACUGCCUGCUCUAUCAUUCUAAGUACUUGUUGAGAAUGCUUGAAAAUGGCAAUUGAGCCCCAAACGUGAUGAAAGGCCAAGGCAAACGUUUGAAGAUUUUGUCUUUUUUGCUUGGCCAUAUCAAAAUAACAAACAUUUAUCAUUUAUUAGUUUA